UUACUAUUUUGUUUCCUUCCUCGAUUCAUAGAUCGACCAAUGUGUAAUUACUGUCGAAGACCUGGUCACUUCGUUCGUGAGUGUCAGACACGUAUGCGGGAUAUGGAGCAACAAGCAAACCAGUUUAAUCGAGCUAACCAGGCGUUGUCAUCUAACUUGGCUCUGAUCUUGCAGGCUCCAAGUGCCAUUGUCCCUUAUCAGGAGCUGUCGCAGGACGUACGUGUUAAUCAAGGAAUUGGCGGGCAAGCUGGCGGUUACGAUGGAGGCUUCAAUAGUGGCGGAUCUUCGGGCGGCUACAACGGUGGUUACAACGAAGGGUAUAAUGGGAGAAGAUCGUGGAAUUCCGACUAUAGACAUGAUAAAGUUGAUCGGAUGUGGACAUGGAUGUCCGCUGAGAUGGCAGAACGAAAAAGUAUCAAGAAGGAAAAGGAGGGGGCCGCUAGGAGAGAAGAAGAGUUGAGGAUGAAAAAUGAGGCGGAGGAAAAGAAAUGUAAGAAGGAGAAGGACAAAGAAGGGUUCAAGACAAGUAUUGGGUGUAUGGUCGGUAGUCAGAUGAAGUGGGUAUGUGAGGAGGUCUUGGGCAAACAAGUCGAAAUCAGGGAACCUUUCGUUAUAUCGACGACGGAAGACGGAAGAAGAAGGACGAGCAAUCAUUCCAAGAAAGAUUUAGAGGACGAUGCCAGCAAAAGGAAGGACGAGGAAAUCCAGAAGUUGAAUUAAGCGAUGGUGGACUUGUAACGGAAAGCUAAUCGAACCAGCAGUACGGAUCACGAGCUAAAGUCCUUGCGAUCUAGCAAUCAACAUCUGAUUGAAGA